AUGGUUGCAUCCCACACGUCCACCCAUUCUUCUGUCACCACGGAAUGGAUGGUUUGUCUCGAUAAAAGACCAGCAGAGCGUUCCAGUGAAGACAUAGAUAUUAUAUUUACUCGAUUGAAAGAAGUGAAGGCAUUUGAGAAAUUUCACCCCAGCCUGUUGCAGCAGAUCUGCUUCUGUGGAUUCUAUGAAAAUCUCGAGAAAGGUGUGACAUUGUUUCGGCAAGGGGACAUUGGGACAAGUUGGUACGCUGUGCUCACAGGAGCUUUGGAUGUUAAAGUAUCAGAAACAGGCUGCCAUCAGGAUGCUGUUACACUCUGUACUCUGGGAAUUGGAACAGCUUUUGGUGAGUCAAUCCUGGACAACACCCCACGCCACGCAACAAUUGUCACCAAGGAGUACACCGAACUGCUUCGGAUUGAACAGAAAGACUUCAAAGCACUGUGGGAGAAAUAUCGACAAUAUAUGGCUGGACUCCUGGCCCCACCCUAUGGUGUUAUGGAAACUGGAUCCAGUAAUAACAGAAUCUCUGACAAGGAGAACAUGAACACCAAUGUACUGUGUCCUGUGUCCAAAAACACAAACAAGACAUCAAUCAUUGAAACUCGACUUGCUCUACAACCUGCUAAAAGCAUCACCCAGGUCCCAUCUGAAAAGAUCCUUCGAGCUGGGAAAAUUUUAAGGAAUGCAAUAGUUACUCAAGCACCUCACAUGAUAAGAGACCGCAAGUAUCAUCUAAAGACCUACAAACAAUGUUGUGUUGGGACGGAAUUGGUGGAUUGGAUGAUGCAGCAGAGUACUUGUGUCCAUUCCCGCUCACAGGCUGUCGGCAUGUGGCAAGCACUGCUCGAGGAAGGCGUCGUGAACCAUGUGGAUCAAGAGUAUAAUUUCCAGGACAAGUACUUGUUCUAUCGUUUCCUUGAUGAUGAACAGGAAGAUGCCCUGGUGCCCACUGAUGGAGAGAUGAAAGAGUGUGAGGAGGAGUUACAGGAAACGAUGCUUCUGUUGUCUCAGAUUGGGCCAGACGCUCACAUGAGAAUGAUUUUACGGAAACUGCCAGGCCAGAGAACCGUGGAUGAUUUAGAAUUCAUAUAUGAAGAGCUUUUGCACAUCAAAGCCUUGUCUCAUCUUUCUACCACUGUGAAAAGGGAGCUUGCUGGUGUUUUGAUAUUUGAAUCUCAUGCUAAAGCAGGGACAGUGUUGUUUAAUCAAGGAGAGGAGGGUACUUCAUGGUAUAUUAUCCUCAAGGGAUCAGUGAAUGUCGUUAUCUAUGGCAAGGGAGUAGUUUGUACGUUACAUGAAGGGGAUGAUUUUGGGAAGCUGGCCCUGGUGAAUGAUGCUCCAAGAGCAGCCUCUAUAGUUCUCCAUGAAGAUAAUUGUCACUUUCUACGUGUGGAUAAAGAAGAUUUUAACCGAAUCCUUCGGGAUGUUGAAGCCAAUACAGUGAGACUGAAAGAACAUGAACAAGAUGUGUUGGUGUUGGAGAAGAUCCCAACGUGUAGCAGAGCUUCUGUCCAAGGAAGCACACAGACACAGUACAAAUACACUGUGAUGUCAGGAACUCCUGAAAAAAUAUUAGAGCACUUUUUGGAAACCUUGCGCCUUGAAUUACCUUCGAAUGAAACAAUAGUUUCUCAAACAGAUAAGUUCCUGGAUGACUUUGUGCUGAUGCACUGUGUCUUUAUGCCAAACAGCCAGCUGUGUCCUGCUCUAAUGGCUCAUUACCAUUCAGAAGCAUUCCAAGGCUCGGAGCAGGAGAAAACGGACUAUGCUCUCAAUAAUAAACGCCGGGUUAUUCGCCUUAUCCUGAAGUGGACAAAUGUAUAUCUAGACCUACUGCAGGAGGAUGAAAUUGCCAUGGCAUUUCUAGAAGAAUUCUACGUGUCGGUGUCGGAUGAUUCGCGAAUGAUUCCUGCUCUGAAGGAACAGCUUCCGGAGUUGGAGAAGCUGGUAAAACCAAAUUUGGAAGAAGCAAGCAGCAAGACAUCUCAGAAAAAGCACAAAAUUAUUUUGCGCCAGUUCAGUAUUGGUGAGGAAAGACUCCAAAAGCGACAACCUAUAAGAAGUAUCGAUGAAAUUCUCUUCAAGGUUUACUGCGCUGAUCAUACGUACAUCACAAUCCGUGUGCCAGUCGCUGCCUCUGUAAAGGAAGUGAUCAGUGCUGUAGCUGACAAACUUGGCUCAGGAGAAGACCUGAUUCUGGUAAAAAUCAGCUCAGCUGGAGAAAGAGUAGUACUGAAGCCUAAUGAUGUUUCAGUUUUCACUAGUUUGAAUGUAAAUGGCCGCCUGUUUGUCUGCCCGAGGGAACAUUUUGACUCUCUGACUCCACUGCCUGAACAAGAAGGGCUGUCUACUGGAACAAUGACAAUUUUUGAAUUAAUGAGUUCUAAAGAUUUGGCCCACCAGAUAACAAUAUAUGAUUGGGAGCUGUUCAAUUGUGUCCAUGAGCUGGAACUAGUGUAUCAUACAUUUGGAAGACAGAACUUCAAGAAGACCACAGCUAAUCUGGAUCUGUUCCUGAGAAGAUUUAACGAGAUUCAGUUCUGGGUUGUAACUGAGACCUGCCUCUGUCCUCAGCUCAGCAAACGUGUCCAGCUUCUGAAGAAGUUUAUCAAAGUCGCAGCUCAUUGCAAAGAAUACAGAAACCUGAACUCCUUUUUUGCUAUUGUAAUGGGACUGAGCAACGUGGCUGUGAGUCGUCUCUCGCAGACAUGGGAGAAACUUCCAAGCAAGUUCAAGAAGAUCUAUUCGGAAUUUGAAAGUUUGAUGGAUCCCUCCAGGAACCACAGAGCUUACAGGCUGACAGUAGCUAAGCUGGAAUCGCCCAUCAUUCCCUUCAUGCCUUUACUUAUAAAAGAUAUGACAUUUACUCACGAAGGCAACAAAACUUUCAUCGAUAAUCUUGUCAAUUUUGAAAAAAUGCAUAUGAUUGGAAAUACCAUCAGAACAGUGAGAUACUGCAGAAGUCAAUCUUUCAAUACAGAUUCCAUUGCAAACAAGAACCAUCAGGAUGUGCGGGUGUAUGUCCGACAGCUAAAUGUAAUUGAUAAUCAGAGGACUUUAUCACAACUGUCUCACAGGCUGGAGCCACGUCGAUCCUAAAGACCUACAUUUCCUACUAGAUAAUAUUUAUUGUAUUGUAGCACAAAGGGCAUUUCAUGGUUUGCAGUAUUAAGAAUAAACGUUAAUGGAACUGGGCUGUAUUGUAACCGCCUUCAUUCCAGAGAGAAGUUGAUGGUUCUGGAUUGGAAUCAACUUUUAAGUCCCUACUUUUUAGCUAAACUGCCUCUUCUUCUAAGAUUUGAAAUUUCCUCUUUGUUUUUCCUGAAGACCAAAAUAUCUAAAUCUUUUUUAAAUGUUGAACGCUGACGAAGACAAAUCGAUUUCCUUUUCUCAAAUCCGCACGGCAUUUGUGCCCAGAUAUUUGUCCAGCACGUACUUAAGCACAGAUACAAGAUCAUUCGGCAACAUAUGAAACCCGUGAAUGUUUCAUAUUUUUAAGGUGAUCAAGACACAAAAUAUUUGAUAUUUUUAUUGAGCCUCUAAAACAGCAUUUCUAAACAUUAAACUGGGAAGUAGCACAAACUGCACAAAGUAAAAUUGACUAAGAGUUCUAGGAUUUCACUGGGGCUUCUCAAGAUGCAUUGAGUGUCAGUCCUACGUACAUUUCAAUCACGUCUCAACAUGGACACUUUUUGUUUGCUUUGAAAGCUCUUCAUUUAAAAUCUCAGUUGCUUCACUCAAGCCCAACCAACGCGAUGCUGCAACACACCGCUAUUGUCAGUACCUUAAUUAAACCACACGCGGCUAACUAACCCUGAGCAUCACGUUGGCAGCACACUUUUACUCUUCACUGAAUCUUUUGUAACUUCUACCUUUUUAACUAAUUUGUACGUUUUUUUUUAAAAGCAUCAUUUUAAUUUAGAAACUACAAUAUCCAGUAUAUGUCGAGAAUGCAUCCAUUUGCUUUUGAAAUGUCAACAUUUCACCCAGGGGACCAUACCCUUGAUGCACACAAAUGUUUUAUUGGACACCAUGUCAUCAUAAUAGCACCACACUGCUUUAAUAUCCCAAGGAAGGCCUGAAAGAUGAUUUGUUUUAGCUAUUUGGAAGAAGUAUUGUAAAUCGAAAACAAACACCUUUGGUUAAUUCAUUCUAAAUGACAGUUUUACGUAGAUGCUGUGCCAAACAUAACGCUUAUUAUUUAUUUGUUAAUUUAAAAAAAAAUUGAGUUACAAAGUACAUUUAAAUUGUCUGCAGCCUGUUGCACCAGACUGCUUUUUUUUCUCUGUAGAUGUUUGAUGUAUUUGCUGCCUUGUAUGGUCUAUACAAACAUGUCAUUAAUUGUACCUACAUUAAAAUGUCUAUUCAAUCUUAGCAUGAAUAAAACAAGUGUUACAUAAUGCACAAGGUGUUGAGCCAUGUCAAAAUAAAAACUUAAUUGUUUCUACGAAA